GUUGCCUAGGAAACCAUGGAAUAUAAAUAUUACGAACUUCAAAAUGCUGUGUAUUCGACCUGGUUAAAAGACGUGAGAUGCCAAAUCAUGGAGGAUUUCAGACCGCUCGGCAGGGCGGGGGAAGGAGCACAUGGAUUUGUCUUCAAAGCGAUGGAUAAAAAGACCCAUAAAAUCGUAGCCCUGAAGAAAAUUGGUUUCAACCCUAACCAUCCUAUGCCCAAGAACACAAUGAGGGAAAUUUGCGCUCUUAAAGUUCUGAAAUCUUCUAAUAUAGUUGAACUUUACGAUAUUCGCGGUGUUGAAAGUUCUGUGGUGCUUGUGAUGGAAUACCUACCAUGCAGCUUGACUGAUGUGAUUGGUUUUGUUGAAUGUCCGAUCAACAUAUCGCAAAUUAAGACGUACAUGAAGAUGUUCCUCUGUGGAGUCAAUUUCAUGCAUAAAAACCACAUAAUGCACAGGGAUCUGAAACCUUCCAAUCUGCUGAUAAGCCAUUCAGGCAUCUUGAAGAUUGCAGAUUUUGGCCUCGCUAGGAUAUAUAAGAAGAGCGAUUUGAGAACUUACUCUCACCAGGUAGCCACUAGAUGGUACCGCGCUCCAGAAUUGCUUUACGGAUCCAGAACUUACACCCUUAAGAUUGAUAUUUGGUCUGUUGGUUGCAUUCUUGGCGAGAUGUUGAACAAAAAACCGCUCUUUUGUGGAGAGACGGACAUUGAGCAGCUGGCUAUUGUUUUGGGCACCUUGGGUACUCCAGACGAAGAAAUUUGGCCUGGCGUCACCAGCCUACCGGAUUAUAAGAAGAUUUCGUUCUCUCAUACUAACCCGAAACCUUGGAACACCGUUGUACAUGGUGCUGACGAGUCGACGCUGGAUUUGGUAGCUUCUAUGUUACAGUAUAAUGAGGCCGAGAGGCCACAAGCCGAAGACGCAUUGAGUCAUGAUUUCUUCUUUGUAUCUCCAAGGCCUGCUCCAAUGAAAGAGAUGCCACCCAUAGGUAAGAUCAAGAUGAAGAUGAACGAAAAAUUGUCGAGUUUUGAACACGUAUUUGAAAAUUUUCCGCACUCCAACUUGGGGUAGUAGAGGAGGAAGGUUUUGGAGUAACUGUCUUCACAAACUUGGAAAAUUCGAAAGGAAAAAGAAGCCAUCUAUACAAAAACAUCUUUAUUGAAUGUUUCGUCAUACUACAAUCGAAAAUAAAUUAUUUUUUUCAUUAUUUACUAUGUGAAUUCUUUUAUAUUAAAAUUUGUUGGUUGUA